AUGAACACGGAGACACUUUCAAGGACCGAAUUGAUAGUACAAGGUGGACAUAAUGUAAUUAUUUACAAUGAGGCAAAAAAACUAAAAGCAGAGGUCAUUCUGAACAAUGCGCAGGGGGUCGGAAAACAUUACAAGGACUUGGAUGUGAGUAUGGAUGGGGCAGACCUGUCGUACGUACGCUCUCUAGGCCCCGAAUCGCAGACAUUGCACGUUGACGUGUGCUUAGACAAGCACGGUGAGCCUGUUAAGCUCGUUAUUUGCAAGAAUGCUUCGCCCUUUGUAAAUGUUGAAAAGGUAUCGCAAGAAAAUCUUCCCGAGAAGGAGUUAGAAAAGCAAUUACUCAAAUCUUCCUUGUCGCCACUUCAUGGCUAUGGUAUUUAUUAUAGGGAUUUCGUUUCAAGCAGCGGGACAAUUGGAAUUUCUGUGUGCAACUUGGAUUUAUCCUUUGAGAAAAAAUGCCUGUUUGCGGGUUUAGAUUUUUCUCUGAGUUUGGGGGACAAGGUGACAAUCGUUGGUGACAACGGGUCCGGAAAGACGACUUUUCUGAAACUCAUCAGCGGGAUUGAAGAAUACACUUAUUCAGGAUCAGUGGUCAUCGAGGGAAGAAUUGCAUAUCUUCCUCAGCACUUUGAAGAUGUCAGUGGUGACGACUUGGCAAUCGUUACGUUACUGAGAUCUCUAUAUGACCCAGACAUUGAUGAAUUCUUAACGAAACCCCACAAACCAUUCGCUUCCGAGUGGCUCCAAGAAUUAAAUACCUUGGGUGGCCAUGAAACAUUCAAGCAAGCCAACCAUAUCGGACUUUCUACCGACUUGCUCAAAAUGCCCUUUAAGUUUCUCAGUGGUGGUGAGAAAACAAAAGUUAUGCUAUGCGCACUCAGUAUCUUGGAGCCAGAUAUUAUUUUGUUAGAUGAGCCCACUAACUGUCUGGAUUGGCGCGGUAUUGAAUGGCUGGAAAGCUUUUUGAAGAACUUUGAUGGUGGUGUUGUUAUGGUUACGCAUGACCGUAGCUUGAUCAAUGCUGUGUCGAACCGAAUUUCUGAACUUUCUCCUCAUACGAAGAAAUUCACUCAUUUCAAAGGACAAUACAAGCAUUACGUAGAGGAAGAGGACAAAAGGUGGCAAAGGCAAAUUGAAGAGAGAAAGCACCAGGAAAAGGAAUUAAAAAAGCUGACACUGAAAGCCAACCAGGCUAAGGGCAAAGUAAAAAGUAGGAUCGUUAGGUCAGGCACAGACAGGGACAAGCUUAGUUAUAAUAACAAGGAGCAAAGAGCGCAAAAGGGUGUCAAUAGGGCGUUUGCGCAGCUCAGUGACAAGGUUGAACAGUUGACGGAUGAUUUGGUGGAUGUUAUUCCCGAGAGACGUCAUAUUUCUUUUGAUUUUGAGGAUAGCCCCGCGUUUAGCGCUUCGAUCUUGAAUAUUGAAGUUUCCAAAGUUUCCAAAUCCUUUGAAAGCCCCCUUUUUGAAAAUAUAUCCUUUACUUUGAGUAAGGGUGAUAGGCUUAUUAUCCAAGGGCCAAAUGGAUCAGGUAAGAGUACAUUGAUGAAAAUCAUUAUGAGCUUGAUAAAGCCAGAUGAGGGCAGUGUUACCAUUAGUGGAAAUGCAAAGAUUGGAUACUUAGAUCAAGAGCAAGAAAGUUUGCCUUUAGACAAAUCGCCGAUUUCACUGCUGAAGAAAGAUUCGUCCAUCAAUGCUACCGACGCAAACGCUAUAACAAAUUUGCGCAACUUUGGAAUCUACACGUGGCACGAUUUGAAGAAUUCUUUGAGAACCUUGAGCAUCGGUUGUCGUCGUAAGGCGCAGCUUUGCCAACUUAUCCUGCGGGGAAGUUCAAUUCUUCUUCUAGAUGAACCUUCAAACCAUAUUGAUUUUCCCAGUUUAGAAUUCAUCGAAGAUGCCCUGUUAACUUUCCCGGGCAUAAUUAUUGCUGCAACACACGAUAGGUAUUUCACCGAGAAAGUGGGAACAAGGAUUUUGGAUCUCGCAGAUUAUAAAGCAUAA